AUGCGUAGUAGGUUAAGCAAUACAAACUGCCCAAAAAUAUUACAAGUAGUGCAAGCCAAGUUUAGAAGCCUAAACUGUGACAGCUGCGAUAAGAAUUUUGGCCAAUUUAAAUUAUGUGAAAUCAAAGCAGUCAAUCGCAGUUUGAAUUUAAUCAAUAUUAUUUAUAAAUUUAAUGGACUUCUAGAUAAUACAAGCGUACAAUUACAAAUUUUUAAGCGUGCUAGUGGCUGGCGUCCUUUUCUCUACGACAUUAAGUUUGAGCUUUGCGAACUUAUUGAAAAAGGCAAACCCUACGUGGCAAACUUGCUCUUCGGCUAUAUAAAACCCUAUACAAACUUAAAUCAAACGUGUCCCAAGCAGCCAGGCUUUGAGUUUAAAAUGCAGAACUACAAACUUAACAUGGAGCUAUUUCGUCAACGUUUUCCCAUCGAUGCAGGCGAAUAUGCAGUUAAUUUAAAAUUCUUCAACAAGCAGCUAUUAAGGUUUAUUGUCAAUGGCUCCAUUAGCUAUACGAAUUAUAAGGACUAA